AUGGCCUCUGUCAAGGUUGGUGACGUGAUCCCCGAGGGCACCUUCGUGCAUGUCCCCUUCUCGCCUGAGCUCGAGGACCACAACGCGUGCGGUAUCCCCACCAAGCUCUCCACCGAUGCAUGGAAGGGCAAGAAGGUCGUCCUCUUCUCCGUCCCAGGAGCGUUCACCCCCUCAUGCCACGCGAACCACGCCCCGCCCUACCUCGCGAAGGUCCCCGAGCUCAAAGCGAAGGGCGUCGACGUUGUCGCGGUCGUCUCCGCGAACGACCCGUUCGUGCUCUCGGGCUGGAGCCGCAUCCUCGGCUUCAAAGACGCCAUCCUCGCGCUCUCGGACCCCAACGGGGCGUGGUCCGAGAAGCUCGGCCUCACGGUCGACCUCUCCGGCCUGGGCAUCGGGCUGGGCAAGCGCACGACGCGGUUCGCGCUCGUCAUCGACGACUUGAAGGUCACCUACGCUGGGGUCGAGCCUGACCCGACCCAGGUUACUGUCUCGGGCGUUGACGCUGUCCUCGCUGCGCUCUGA